AUGGGAAUUACCAUCCGCAAUUGCCUGAAAAGGCUAGGCAUGGCUGACGAAGACCAACUGCGGGACCGCGUCCUCUCACAGCCCGCAUUCCUCGCAGCCUGGGCCGAAUUCCGCGACGACUUCCUCUGGGGUCCGAUGGACGAUAGAUUCAGCGGAUGCAUCAACAUAAACUUGAUCGUCCCCGCCGUCCUGCGUGAACUCGCCAACCCCACGGGUUAUUUCGACGAAACCGCAGUAGACAAGACCCACUUCACGCGUUUCGACCACUACAUCCACCUGAUACUGCAGGUGCUUCCUGGUCUCGCUGCGUCGCCCCAGGACAUCUUCCAUGGACAGAUGGAAAGCGAUGCGGAUCGCGAAGCCUGUGUUGAGAAGCUAUGCUACAUGGUACACGUGCUGCGCGAUCAAUAUCGACCGAGGAGGACGGGUGUUCUAUCGCGCUGGCUUCAGAGGCAUACGCCGCCGUCAAAGCAUGGCGAGGUCGCGAAGAUGUUUGAUAAUGCGCGGUACAGCGAGAUAGCGUCACGGACCGCGGGCGCUUCUGUACCGGGAGAAGGAGUCACAAUGGCGGAUGCGAUAACAAUUGAAGAUGAAAACGAGCAACCAGAACCCCAUGGACAGGUUCCCGGCCCGGUCACUAGAGCUAUGAGGGAUCACAGUAUUGGACAAGGGCGCGCAAGUCCAUCUUCCAGCCCGACCACUUGGCAGACACAGCUUCUGUGGCCUGCUUCUCCUCUCCCGUCAUUCGGACCAACACAUCACCAGCACCAGGACCAUCGCCAGCAGUCCCGUCAACCAAGAACAAGCCAACAAACCGACAGCCACCCCACAGCUUCCAGCACCACCAAGUCUUCAUCAAACUCCAGCCUCGCCAAUACAACGCCCCCAGCUCCUUCCACCACCCCCACCACUCCUCCCACCAUCACAGGAACACCCAAGCGCUACCUAAAGCGCAGCCGCAGCCACAGCCCUUUAUUCUCGCCCGCCUCGUACGACACCAUCCCCCCCGCCAAGACCAUCAGGACCGACUCGCCCUCCACCACCACCACGAACGGCGGCGGAGAAGAGCCAUCGCUUCACGGAACCCAAAUAAAACAAGACCCCGACCAUGCAGCCACAGCCACAGACCGCAGCACACACCCACCGCAUCCCGCCGAUCCACAAGCAAGCGAAGCCGUGCAGAACGAAGCGACCACUACCAGGGCGGCCACCAGCGCCGGAUCAUCGGGAGGAGGCCGCCGGACGACAAGGACGACAAAGACUAAGACAAAGACGAGAACAAGGACGCGGAUGCCGCCCCGCAUCCUCAUCCUGCUGGAGCAGGUGCGUGUCGCGCGGAGGGCGUACGCAAAGGCGGAGGUGGAGGCGUGUAUCGACGUUGACGACGACGUCGCGGGUGACGACGACGACGGUUGGCAGGAGGCGUCGGGGAGGGAGAGGGAGAAGGAGAGGGCGGAUCGGGCGAUGGAGGUUUGGGGGAUGAGGUGCGAGCGGGGGCUGAGGGAGCUGCGGGAGGUGGUGGCGGCGGGCGAGGGGGGGGAGGGGGAGGGGGACGUGGAGGAGGAGGUUUGGAAGGGGUUGGAGGAGGCGAAGGGCGAGUAG